AUACACAUCUUUUGACGAGAUGUGUAAGAAAAACGUUUGUCACUUCAUUAAUGACAUGUACCAUAGUCGCCCUGACCGUCAGCUGAGGUAGGUGGGGUCACAAAGAGCCAAGAUGGCUGACUUUGAGGAGCCGCUGUCAGAUGAGGAGAAGGUCCGCAUAGCGGCCAACUUUGUGACCCAUGCUCCCCCAGGAGAGUUCAAUGAGGUCUUCAAUGAUGUGCGGCUUCUUCUUAACAAUGACAACCUGCUUAGGGAGGGGGCUUCACACUCCUUUGCCCAGUACAACAUGGAUCAGUUUACACCUGCCAAACUGGAAGGUUACGAAGAACCGGUGCUAAUUACAGAGCAUGGUGACUUAGGUCAAGGACGUUUCCUGGAUCCCCGCAACCAUUUGUCGUUUCGCUUUGACCACCUAAGAAAAGAGGUGAGCGAUGUGCAGCCAUAUGAAGGAGAGAUGGCCCUGAGGAGUUGGAGGGAUGCCUGUGAUACUGCCCUUAGUGCCUACGUUAAAGAGCACUACCCUACUGGAGUCAGCACAGUAUAUGGAAAAACAGUGGAUGGUCAACAAACGAUCAUAGCCUGCAUUGAGGGACAUCAGUUUCAACCAAAAAACUUUUGGAAUGGACGCUGUAGAUCAGAGUGGAAACUCACCAUUGGUCAGUCCACUGCUCAGGUGGUAGGAGUGCUGAAAAUACAGGUGCAUUAUUAUGAAGAUGGGAAUGUGCAGCUGGUUAGCCACAAGGAGGUAGAAGAGUCAAUACCUGUCACUAAUGAAAUCCAGACAGCCAAGGAAUUUGUUGAUAUUAUUGAGAAUGCAGAAAAUGACUACCAGACUGCAAUCAGUGAGAACUACCAGACUAUGUCUGACACCACCUUCAAGGCCCUGCGUCGCCAGCUGCCUGUCACACGCACUAAAAUUGACUGGAAUAAGAUCCUGAGUUACAAAAUUGGCAAGGAGAUGCAGAAUGCCUAGUGGAAGGUCAGGAACUAGACAGACACAUGCUCCACUUGGCUCAUAACCUAUAUUUACAUGUGCAAGGACUAACCAAAGCAAAACUAUAUCAGUAUGGGGCAAGGAUUUAAUUAAAACAAAAAAUAAAAAAAACAAAAGGUGCAACUGAAGAUUUGCAGACUGUUAAGCACAGAUACUUGUCUGCUGUAAGGAAUUUGUGGUUUUGGAGAUAAUCAUGGUUUGGAGAAACUGAUUACCUCUGGAUGUGUGUUGCAGAAGUGUUUGUGUUGGUUCAGUGUGCAGGGCUAUGCUUAGGUCCUUGAACUAUCUGCCUAGAUUCAGGUGAUUCAGGCACGGUAUUUCCCCCCAGUCAAACGGAUGCAGAACUAAUUAUGUCGCAGUAGAGAUCUUAACCCACAGGGACACGAACCAGACUGUGCAAUGUAGCUGAUCAAGAAAUCUAAGCAAACUAACAAAUAUCAGGGCUUGACAGGGAAACAUAAAUUAUAUUACUUUAUGUUUUUAGCAGGGGAUUUUUGGCAUAUGACGUAGCUGAGAUGGAAAUAUGUUCCCUGUAUUUGCAUAUGCUGCACCAUGGAGUGGCACAGUCCUUAGCAUAGCUCUGUUCCUGCACCAUACACAUGUUUAUGUGUGUCCAUGUCUGUCAUGACUGAGGGAAUGUUUUUGUUUUCUGUUGUACUCCACCAAUGUGUCUCGACCCAUGCAAACUACAGUGACUGAACGAAGAUGAAGUAAACUGCUGCGUCUAUGUUACAUUCUCUAGUCUCUUACUUUGGCAACACCACCUACAUUACUGUAAAGCUUUUCCUUUGUGAAAGGGAAACAUUCUCAUAUUAACCAAGAUUAAUUUGCCAAAAUCUCUUUCCUAUGGUAAAGAACUCAUCCUCCCGCCCAUGUAUGCAAAUUUCUAUUUUACUAUGCUGUGUUUUUGUUGGAGUCCUAGACUAUUGCACUCUUACGUGUAACAAAUAGCUCAUGUACCGGUCAAUGCCUACUGAAUGCAAAGCAGUUGCUGUGUAAGGCAGGUUCAUAUACUGUAUGUGUUAGGUAACAUUCUCAGUAGGUUGACUCUGGUUACUUCUUAGCUAGACCAUGUUAUGUGUUUAACUCUCACACUAGACUGUGUGCUAAUCAGUUCUAAAGCUCAAGACUGUACUGCCCCAUUCUGUUGUACAAAUAAAAAGACUGAACAUCG